ACAUAAAUAAAUUGGAAAAAAAAAAAGUUGGUAUGAAAUGUGGAAGAGGCACAGCUCAUGCCUCAUGGCAUAUAUUCCCCCCAACAUAACCCCACUUAUGUUUCCUGAUAUGGAGUGAGAGAUAUCAUAGAACUGCACCAACAACUCCAACUUAUAAAAAGAGAACUCUAGUUGCCACAUAUUGGUUCAUAGCUAAAAGGAUCAAAAGAUUAUCAUCACAUAUAUAUAGAUGUUACACCACAUUAACAGUAACUCAUCCACAAAACAAAGAAAAAGGAAAAGGAAAAUGGAAAUGGAUAUGGAAAAGAUGCAAAAUCAAAGUGUGCAUUUUGUUCUAUCCACUGAUGCAAAACCAAGGCUUAAAUGGACUCCUGAGCUUCACCAAAGAUUCAUUGAGGCAGUUCAUCAGCUUGGAGGUGCAGAGAAAGCAACCCCAAAGAGUCUUAUGAGAGUGAUGGGGAUACAAGGACUUACUUUGUACCACUUGAAGAGCCAUUUACAGAAAUAUAGACUUGGGAAAAGCCACCAGCUAGAAACCUGUUCUGACAACCAACAAGAAGAUUGCAGAAAAAUCAAGAGCAGUCAUGGUCAUUGCAGCAAGGAAAACAGUGUUGGGGAACAGAAACAAGUCACUGAGAACAUGAAGAUAGCUCAGGCUCUCCAUAUGCAAAUGGAGGUACAAAGGAAACUUUGUGAACAAAUUGAGGUGCAGAAACAUUUACAGCUUCGAAUUGAAGCUCAAGGGAAGUACUUGCAAUCGGUGUUAAAGAAAGCGCAAGAGGCGCUUCAAGGAUACAAUUCUUCCUCAAUAGGACUAGAACUCACAAAAGCAGAACUCUCUCAACUAGUUACAGUAAUCAACAAUGCUUGUCCAGGUUCUCCAAUCUCAGAACUCACAGAAACCAGAGGGUUAAGUUUGAGAAGUGAUGACGAGAGGAAACAAGACAAGGGAACCAUGUGCUCAUUGGAGAGUUCUUUGACAUCUUCUGAAAGCUGUGGGAGAAAGGAAGAGAUACACCAGCCAAUGGAAGAAGAAACAAGAUGGAACUUGAAAAGUUUUAAUGAAAUUUCACUUGAAUUUCCCUUUGAGGCAUUUCAUCAAACAGGUAAAGGGCAAAGUGGGGAUGACUCGAGUAAAGAAGAAAGAGUGAGAAAGAGAAAUGCAAAAACUGAUUCUGAAGGUAGCUACUGUGUUGAGCAACCAUCUGGGAAAAGAUGUGGCAACAAAUUGAGAAAACUUGAAUUUGACUUAAACAACCAAUAUCACAAUGACACGGACUCAAGAUGAGAGAAAAUACUAGACUUAAAAAAUCCCCCAGACAUGUUAUUUGAAUUCAUUUUAUCUCAUAUAUCGAGCCGACACAUAUCUCCAACUUGAAAUGGGAUGCGAAAUUGUGCGUUGACUCGUUUAUGAAAUAAGAUGAGUACACACAACAUUUCUCUAAUUGCUAUUAAGCUUGUGGGAACAUGACAAUGGUUUGUACUUUUCUAUUAUAGUUAUUACAUGGACAUGUAUGUGCAGCAAAAUCAUUACUGGGGAAAAAACAAAUAAUCAAAUAUAAUAUGUAUAUUGUAUA